AUGGAACCUGUUCCCGCCAUUUCUCUCGUCGACAACACCGACACUGUCCGUAACUCUGUCGGCGAGGAAUCCCUCUCCCAGGUUCCUACCGCUGCAGGCUCGCAGUCCAUCUCCAGACGAAUCACCAAAGUCUCCCUUCGUGGGGAACUUAAACGCCGUAAAUACGCCAAAUGGCAACCAGAUCGACUUGGUCUGUCCGACGCCGACGAUAGCCCAAGCAGAAGGCCGUCCCAGGCGAGAAGUCAGCUGACCCACGUGGAUACCAACAUUAAUACAAUGUCCGGGGCAAGCUUUCAAUCCGGCCCCUCGCAGCCUGGUAUCGCGCACCACGCCAUCGAUGCGACGGACUUUGCGUCCGCCUCGGAAUCAACCAAUGCCGCCCAGCGAACCUCGACGGACCCCCUGCUGCAGCAGAACCACGAGUCCGCUCAGCACAAUGGCACACACCCCGUGAGCGAGCUCGAUAUCCUUUACGAAAACCAGCGUGGGUGGUUCUUCUUCGGCAUCCCGCUGUACUCGCACAGCUCGCUGCUCAACUUCGACCCCGGCGCCUGGCUUACCCACGACUUCCGCGAGAGCCCCGUCAACAUCACCAACGCGCAGCUCCCCGAUCCCAGCUGGGAAUGGGCCUGGCGCUCAUGGUACGUCGACAUGUCCGGCGACGUCGACGACCAAGGGUGGCAGUAUUCGCUCUACUUUGGCUCCUCCGCCUGGCACGGCUCGCAUCCUUGGUUCCACUCGUUCGUCCGCCGACGCCGAUGGGUCAGGUUGCGCGUGAAGCGUGCGGUGGAGCAAACGCACCGCGGCCGCUCGGGGUUCGAGAAGGCGCAUAUGCUCAACGAGGAUUACUUUACGAUCCACUCUGCGCGCGAGCGGAACAAGGCAGCGAGCCCCGUCUCAGCGUCGCCCCGGCAGUCUGGGCCCAGGGGUCGGACUACUACUACUACGACAGUCGAGGAGGAGCCGCCAUUGGAGGAAAUAUGCAAUAUUCCUACGCUGAUGUAUGCCCUGAAAACGGCGAUUGUGGAUCGGGAGAAGACAGAUGCUUUGAAGCGGUUUGUCGAAGAUGGGGGCGAGGAGCUCCGUUAUCUGGAUGACAAGAUCCCUGAAAUCAUGUCGAUGUUCGUCUUCCAGAACUCGAGAUGGCAGUUCCUGACCCACUUGGUAAGCGUCAUCAACGAGCUCUCUGAAAAAGCAUCCACGGCAAGCGGUGCCGAAGCCGAAGAGCUCCGACGCAAGCAACAGAACUUGACAAAAGCCGCUGAGACUGUGAGACGGUAUAUUACGGGCCCCGAAUUGCUGGGUCAGGAGCACCGCGAGUCCUUGGAUUUGACGCCUGUCUCGCACGAUACUCUGUUGGAGGACUGCUCGAAACGGUCCUCCUUCAAGCCAAUAGACAAUGGGGGACAUAUCAAGGGGAUCCCUGAGGCGGCGGAGAUUGGGCUGGAGGGUCAUAUUUUUCGUCCUUCGUGA